AUGGCCGGCUUCAAGCGCAAGUCCAACCCCAAAAGCGACGAGGUCGUUGCUAGUGACGACGACCGCCCCACUAAGCGCGGCAAGGGUGGUAAGUCGACGUUCCAAGCCUCGGUCGAACCCCAAAUCGACGACAAUGGCGACAAGUACUGGGAAAUCUCGAAGAUGCGACGCGUUACUGUCUCGGAAUUCAAGAAGAUGACCAUGAUCAACAUUCGCGAAUACUACGAGGCCAAUGGCAAGCAAUUACCAGGAAAGAAGGCACGAGGCAUUAGUCUCACGUUGGAACAAUAUUCUGCACUUAUCGCACUCAUGCCACAAAUCGAAGAUAUUCUCAGGGAGAAGGGCGAGGAUGUGCCUCGGCCAGACUAUGGUGCGAGCAAGCCUGCCCCUGCGGAGGGACAAGCUGAGAGUGAUGACGAUGCAGACGGGAAGGCACUCCAGAGGUCGAAUAUUGAAGCAACGAGCGAUGAGGACGAGGACUAA